AUGGAAAACUUGGAAAAUAAUUUGGAAUUUUUGCGCCGAUUGUCAAGAGUAAAGUCCGGCGACCGCAGACGUAAACUUGUUGCACAACUGGAUCGUGCCGAAUUGGAGUUCCUGGUGGAGAUUUGCUACAAUCUGGUAAAGGGUGAAAUCCCUCUGACCAAACGGCAAAAAUCCAAUCUGCUGCCUUUGGUGGGAUUGGUCAGAGAGGUGGCGAGGAAGCGUAGCGUUGCGUCGGCACGUCGGGUGCUGCAGGAAGGAGCGGGCUUGCCACUGUCUCCCGUUUUGAUCCCUGCAAUUUCGUUUCUUGCCGAGCUCCUGCUUCGCCGCUCAUAA